GUCGACGACUCAUCGUUAAAAUGACGAGCGUUUCCUGAGUGAAACUCAACAAAAAGCACACUCCUCCUCUACACUAUGUGAAGGUGAAAAAAAUAUUGUAUCUACCGAGCAAGUGGAAAAAACGACAAUCAAGGAGUUGAUUCUAGACAACGAUAGCGCAAUGGGUUCUCCGAAGCGAUGCUUUCCCAAUUAAUGUAUAGUUGAAACUUUGGCAUUUGGCUAUUAAUCAGACCCGAUAUCGAUCGUUCCGUUUUUGCCACUUGGACAUAUCAGCUGCUCUAACUUGGACGAUACACUAUGGACCGGGAAAAUCACUUUCUUCACCAUCCAAUGAUGGCGUCGAAAAGCGUGUGGCUGGGACAGUCGUUGGACGUUGGGGAAGAUAAAAGUGUCGAUAAAACGCUGGGCUUGGACGAGUUGAUGGCCCUCAACAUCACUAACGAGAACGAACUCGACUGUUUGUUCAAUUUCUUGCACGAAUCCUACCCACCGGUGAUAUUUGAAAAUCUCUCAGACUCCUUCUGCAACAGCACCUGGGACGGAGUCAGUUGCUGGCCGACGACAGUGGCCGGUUCAACGUCCUUCCUGCCCUGCGUCGACGAACUCAACGGCAUCAAAUACGACACAACACAUAACGCGACGAGGGUCUGCCAGCCGAACGGCACAUGGGCCAACUACAGCAAUUACCGGUCGUGCGUCCCGUUGUCGUCGGACUUUGGCGGCGCGACGCCCGAAUAUGGCGUCGGCAUCAGCGAGGACACGACCACCAUCUACUUCACCGGUUACACCGUCUCCAUCGUGGCGCUGACACUCGCCAUCUGGAUUUUUAUUCACUUCAAGGACCUACGCUGCUUGCGCAACACCAUUCACACGCACUUACUCAUCACGUACGUCAUGGCCGACCUGCUCUGGAUCGUCACGGCCACUCUGCAGUUGUACCGGGGCGAAACCAACAAAGGAUCUUGUAUCAUCGUCAUUUUCUUGCACUACUUCCAUCUGACCAACUUCUUUUGGAUGUUCGUCGAAGGUUUUUAUCUCUACAUGCUCGUCGUGGAGACGUUUUCUGCCGACAAGAUCCGGUUGCGCAUCUACGCCCUUAUUGGCUGGGGGAUUCCGUUGCCGGUCGUCAUCGUUUGGGUCGUCGUCAAAGCCAACUGGUUCACCUACACGUCGACCGAAGGCCAGCACCAGAAGCUGGACCUGGAGUCGUUCCUGGCCAGCUGUCCGUGGAUGGUGGCCAACAGUUACGACUGGAUCUACAUGACGCCGGCCAUCGUCGUACUUUUUGUCAACAUUCUCUUCCUUGUCAAGAUCAUGUGGGUUCUGAUAACGAAAUUGCGUUCGGCCAAUUCGGUCGAGACGCAACAAUACCGCAAAGGCAGCAAGGCCCUUCUGGUGCUGAUACCGCUCCUCGGACUCACUUACGUCCUGGUCAUCGCCGGCCCAACGGAAGGACUCAUCGCCAUUUAUUUCUCACACAUUCGAGCUGUUCUACUUUCCACACAGGGAUUCCUGGUGACCCUUUUCUUCUGCUUCCUCAACACGGAAGUGCGCAACACGUUGAGACACAACUGGGCCAGGUGGAAGAUGACCAGUCGCUGGCUCGAAGAUUCCCAGAAUCAUGGCAGUCGAAGAAAUGGCACGGCGACAGACAGCAAGCGCAACUCCAAGGAGGGAUCUCGAGCUCCAUGCAGAAGGCUUUACAGCUAUCCGGAUCACAGCAGCAAGCGUGAUUCAGCCUUCAGUGAAGUGACGAUGGUUGCGCCAUUCACUCCCAUUUCAGUCCUUCAUCUGAACACCUUUGGACCAAGCAGCAGCAGUGUUGAGGACGAGAUUGAGAACCGAACUGAACGUUAUUCUUCGUCCAAUAUUGCCAAAGAAUCGAGAAAUUCAGUUUGUUAAUCGUCAGAUGUCUAAUAUGAGGGAACUUUCGCCAACUAUACUACGGACGGACCGGUUACGUCAUCAGGGCGAAAACUUUUUUUUU